GGCGUGGAGUAUCGUAGUGAACGAAGAACGGGGAACAACCCUUAAAAGUACACCGCUCUGGAGGACAUUGCCGUGAACUUUUCAGAGUAGAUUUAAGCGGCAAGGAGUCCAGACUACUAUACGACGGUCCUGAAACUGCAAUCCCUUUAAAGGGUUCGGCAGGGUGAAAAAGAACGCUAGUUAUUCCUGAAUGGAGUCUUUGAAGUAGUAAUAGUUUCUGUUAGGAACCUAGAGGUACAACCGAGGUAUCAAGUUAGGGUGUGUCCUGUCCUAAAUUUUCUUCUGAAAAAUGGACGUAGUAGCUACGAGGCACUGAGGCCGCGAUCCAAGUGCAACAGUCCCCAUUGGGCCAUCGAAGACGGAAAGAUGGAGAGCUACGGUAGCAGCAACGCAUCUACACCGCUGGCCAACGCCCAGCCUAGUCCCGGCGAGCAACAGGAGGCCAUCGCCCUGAAGAAAGCGCUCGAGUGGGAGCUGAGCCUGGACGCCCGCGAGCUGCGCUCCCACGCCUGGUAUCAUGGAGCCUUGCCCCGCCAACGAGCUGAGGACAUAGUGCAGCGCGAGGGCGACUUCCUGGUACGCGACUGUGCCUCCCAGCCGGACAACUACGUGCUGAGCUGCCGCAGCAAGGCAACCGUUUUGCAUUUCGUACUUAACAAGUUGGUGCUACAACCGGAGACGGUCUACGAACGGGUUCAGUUCCAAUUCGAAGAGGAUGCCUUCGACACCGUGCCCGACCUAAUAACUUUCUACGUUGGAUCCGGAAAGCCCAUUUCGUCAGCGUCAGGGGCCCUGAUUCAGUUUCCUUGCAAUCGCACCUAUCCGCUCUCCUUUUACGGCCAUAAAAUCGUGGGCAACCAGCUUCACACCCAAAUGCUGGCAGGCCUUCGAGGUUUGAGUCCUCUUAACUCCCCAAUGGGAAGCAUUGGGGGAGUGGGUACCGGCAUGCCCGGAGCCUUUCGCUUCGAUCCGCAGCAGCAACAGCUCUCUCCAAUGGCUGGAUCACCGGCCAGUCCGCAUUGCUCGCCUCCACGGGCGCGAAGAGAGGUUCCUCCGCCGCCGCGGCUGCCCUGUAAGAAGCAACAGCGUUCCCAGAGCCUCACGCCUGCCCAGGCUAUGUUGGUCAGCAACAUCAAUAAGCUUCAGGAACAGCAGCUGCAAAUGCAGGAGUUGGAAAACGGCAACGGCAACGGGAUGGUCCGCUUUCAGACGAUCGCCAGGUGCAACCCGACCAGUGAGCACCACCUAGAGAGCAAGUUCACAACUCACUCACUGCCCAGACCCAAUACUUCUGCGGCACAGGCAUUGCGGCAGCAAGCAGUGACCCGGAUCUCGAGUUUGGUGAGAAACUUCAGUUUGGACUCGCCGGCGGACUCCCGACCGCCCAGCCCGCCGCCCAAGCCGCGCAAGGAACCCAUGGCAGCUGUGCUGGCAUACCAGGCCAGUGGAUCUGAUUCUGGCAAUGGAUCCGGUGACUCGGCCCUAGGGGAUGCCUUGGAAGCAAACAUACAGCGGGGUGUGAUAAUCAAGAAUCCCCGGUUCAUUACGUCCUCGGUCUCUAACGGAACUCUCAAGAGUUUCACGGAGUUUGACGCCCUUGCCGCCGAAGAGGAGCUUUUCACCAUGGUCAUAGAGGAAGUCAGAACGGCUAGCAAGUUCGACUUCGAAAACUUUGUCACUCUGCUACUGCCCUCUGUGGAGAACAAGCCACUGGACGGCGAUGCACUUAACACCUUCAAGAUGAUGCUUCUGGAGACGGGCCCUAAGCUACUAGCGGAACACAUAACCCGAAUCGACAUCGCCCUGUUUCUGGAGGAGCCGUCAAACGAAGACGACUACUACCUCAGCUGCUCUGGACUUGAGCUGCUGACUCUGCCCCACGGAAAGCUCUUCAGAGAGGACGUAAUCGAGAGGACACAGUGCAUUAAGCUGAUGGUGGCCGUGACAAUACUCACCUGUCAAACGGACCUGGACCGGGCCCAGCUCCUCAGUAAAUGGAUUCAGAUUGCAGUGGAGACUAAGACGGCUCUGGGAAACCUAUUUGGGUUCUGUGCCAUCAUGCUGGGACUGUGCAUGCAGCAGAUUCAGAAGCUCGACCAAGCCUGGCACAUCCUUAGGCAACAGUUUACGGACAGCGCCUUUACCUUCGAGGCCAAGUUGCGUCCCACGUUGAGCGUCAUGAACGAGGCCUCUAAUCCACAGGCCCCAAACACAACCGUACCCCACGUUCUUCUAUAUGCUCUUCUAAUAGAUCGACCCGUCAUGGACAUCAUAAACCACUCAAACAUUGACGACCGGCCAGCACUGUACCACACCUGUAUUGCUCCCUGGGAGUCAAAGGCGGACGACUUUGGCAUGUCCAUUAAUUUCCAGCACCUAGAUGCUUCUCGCGGCUUCCUAAGGAACUUGGAUUUAUAUCGAAAGAACGCCAAGAUCAUUCUUGAGGACGCCAAGCCCAGACUUGAUGAACUUCUAGCAGAUGCUUUUCGAACCGAGUUUCAUGUAAAGUUCCUAUGGGGCAGUUCCGGAGCAACUGCCAAGGCCGAAGAUCGUCACAGCAAGCUGGAAAAGGUGCUAACCCUGAUGGCCGACAAGUUCUGCAUGAUGGCCGAACAGUAAUCUGAGCAAGCAAGGACAUCUACUCUAGUUUCUAGCCGAUAACAAUCGAUUAUAUUGUAAUCAUUCGAUCACAAAUAGCUUUUCCAACUCCUCGUCUUCACCCCACUAUCCACCAUGUAUCUACCCAGACCCUCCGCAAAUUUGAAUUUCGUGCUGUCUCUACCUCAACCUGAGUGAAUAUCAUUUCAGCAGAAACACAGAAGCACUUUAUGUUACAGUUCAAACACGAUUUAUCCUUAGUUAUGUCAAAUUUAGAAAAGUAUGCAAACGCAUGAAGGGCCAUGGGAGCCCUACCAUUAUACGCACAUGGGGAUGGCUCUUAAAGAGCAAUAUUACCCUUACGUAUUACCGGGUUUGUCACUUACUACCACUUUAAAUAACCUAUUCUUACAAAUAACUUACUCUACUAUAGAUCAGACAAUAUACAUUAAUCAAAACAUCAUAUUUAGCAUACUCUCUCACAUAUUGAUAUAGGCAUAACUCAAAAAUGCAUGAUUUUUGCAAUUUUAUAUAUGUAAAGAUAACGCUAAUAAAGAAAUAACUUACCCUGAUGGGGGCUAUCAUAA